UCUCAACCACUGAAUACUUUCAACUGGCAAUCAGUUGAGAGUGUCCGCCAUUUUAGUGGAAGAGAGAUUUUGAAAUUCGUGUUUAACUGUGAGAGACAAAGUUACAUUUUUUAACUUGAAAGUUUUUUUCAGACGAAACGAAAUAAUUUGGUUUUUAGGACUUCAGGUUUAUUGAAAAAGUAAGACAACUGAAAAGUUAAUUAACAAUGUCAUUCCCACCGCAUGGGCCACCUAUGACAUGUCCAGGGAUGCCACCUCUUCCUCCAAUGAUGCCACCACCCUACACUAUGCCUCCAAUGGGAGGGAUGAUUCCAAUGACAAUGGGAAUGAUGCAUGCACCAAUGAUGACGCACGUUCCCAUGUCCUUACCUGUGUCUAUGCCAUUAAUGACAACCUCCAAACCAUUUAUUAAGAAGACCAACAUUACAAAUUCAGUGUCAAAGAUAGAGACUACAGGUGUAAACAUUGACAAGUCUGUACCAAAGGGUCCUCCAGUAACAGUUUUUGUAGGCAACAUAACUGAGCGUGCUUCUGACUUAUUAGUGAGACAGAUUUUACAAAGAUGUGGUAUAGUAAUGAACUGGAAGAGAGUCCAAGGUGCUAAUGGUAAACUACAAGCUUUUGGUUUUUGCGAAUAUGCUGAUCCUGAAUCAGCAUUGAGAGCUAUAAGGCUUUUACAUGACUGGGAUAUAGGAGAUAAAAAGUUAGUGGUAAAAGUUGAUGCCAAAACCAAAGAAAAGCUAGAUGACUAUAAAGCCACAAAAAGAGCUGCAACACAGACUCAAAAAGAAAAGGAAGACUCUUCUGACCAAGAAGAGAAGCAUGAGAAAGAGGAAGAUCUAGAUGAGGAGACCAAAAGAAGUGAUAGCAUCAUCAAGGCAGGGAUUCAGCAAAUUUUAAAUGAGCAUGCUGGGGAACUAUCCAGAACUUUAGAGGCCAAAGAAAGCCCAAAACACAAGAAAACAGAAGAAAGUACCAAAACAAUUGUGGAUAAAGAUAAAAAAAAUUCUCUUGAUGACAUGGAGCUUGAGGAAGAUCAGAAGUCACUAAUUCAUCGAGAAAUUGAUAAGUUUAGGGAUACUUACAAGAAAGCAGAGGAAGAAAAUGAGAAAGAAAAGGAACGUCGUGAGAGAGAUAGAAAAGAUAGGGAUAGAGAUCGUGAACUUAGAGAGCGGGAUAAGGUGAGGGAGCGAAGAGAAAGGAGAGAAAGAGAAAAAAGUAUGGAACGUUCAAAAGACAGAGAACGUGACAGAAUGAGAGAAAGGGAGAAUCUAAGAGAUAACUCUCCCGCCGACCAUCCUCGAGAGAGGAUGAUUGACAGAUCUCGUUCCCUCUCUCGUGAAAAGGAGAGAGACUGGUCCAAGGAAAGAGAGAGAUCCAGGGAAAGGUCAAAAGAUAGGGAUCGAGACUGGCAGAGAGAUAAAGAAGAGGAUGAAGAUUUGCAUGAACGAAGGAAAUUGGAACGUAAACUGAGAGAAAAGGAAGCUGCUUAUCAAGAGCGACUGAGAAAUUGGGAAAGCAGAGAGAGAAGAAAGCUAAAAGAAUAUGAGAAAGAGAAACAAAAAGAAGAUGAAAGAAGAAAAGAAGAGUACAAAGAAGCUAAAAGGCUAAAAGAGUUCUUGGAAGACUAUGAUGAUGAUAGAGAUGACCCUAAAUAUUACAAGGGAAAUGCUCUUGCAAGAAGGUUAAAGGAGCAUGAAAAAGAACUUGAAGCUGAUGAUAGGGAUCGUCACAAAGAGAGAGAAGAGAUUGAAGAAUUAAAGAGACGACUUGCUGAGGAAGGUCAUCCUGAUCCUCUAGGAGAGGCUAAUAGAAUUUAUCAAGAAGAAGAUGCUAAAUUAAUGAAGAACAGAAUAAAGCCAGAACCUCUUGAAUCUGAGAAUGAAGAAGAACUACCAGAGAUCAAGCCAAAAAAACCUUUGGUGAAAAAAGAAAAGUCUCCUCGCAAAGAACUAGAACAAACAAAACUAGUCAAACCUAUAGAAGAAGACAGUGCACCUAAUAGUUUGUCAGGCUUCUCUGAUGUUACCAUUCCCAGUGAAGAGGUCAAGCCCAUAGGAUUUGUGGGUUUGAAGCUAGGAGGUUCCAGUCCACAUUAUGGGUCUCGCAGCCCACCUGCACCAACAACUCCCACAGCUUCUAACAAUGAAAGCAGUAGUCAGAAAAAGAAACGGCUUACUGUGGAAGAUGUGUUUAAUGCCAAUGAAGAUGAUGCAAUGGAGCAAAAGAAGAGGAGAAAACUGAUUCCCUUGGAUGAUACACAGGAGGAUGGAAAAUCUUCACCAUCCACACAGCAGAUGACAACUGAGGAAAAGAGGAAGCAUAUUAAAAACCUAAUUGACAAGAUUCCGACUGCUAAAGAAGAUCUUUUUGCAUACAACAUUGACUGGAGUCUUGUAGACAAUUCUCUGAUGGAGAGGAGAAUCAAACCUUGGAUCAACAAGAAGAUUGUGGAAUAUAUUGGUGAAGAAGAGCCUACUUUAGUUGGCUUUAUCUGUACGAAAGUGUUGGCUGCAAGUCCAGCUCAGAGUAUUCUGGAUGAUGUUUCAAUGGUACUAGAUGAAGAAGCAGAGGUGUUUGUUGUGAAGAUGUGGCGUUUGUUAAUUUAUGAGAUAGAAGCUAAAAAGUUGGGUCUCAUGAAAUAAGUUUUGUAUUCUAGUUAUUGAUGUUUGUACAUAUACAUCAUGUAAAAAAAAAGAAAGAAAAAAAAAGCUCUACCUAUUUCCAGUUUGCUUAAGACAUCUAGUUUUACAAACUUUGUUGAUUCAUUGCAACAUUGUGACUUCAUUUUCCCAGUUAAUGGACUUUUCAAAGCAUAAAUUUAACGUGUCUUAAGUUAAAGGUUAGGCUGUACAAGUUAAGGGUAAGACACCUGUUAAAAUAUGGUUUGGGAUAUAUUCUCUUCUGGUUCAGGGUCUUUUACUAAAGGCCAGUGAGUAAAACAUGAUUGAGGAAAAUGGACCAGGUUUGUCAUAAUGUAAAAAAAGUGGACUGUUUAAAUACUUGAUGUAAUAGUUUUAAUGUAGUUCAGGCAAGCAGACUUUGUGGAUGGAAAACACUGGAAAUGUAACAACUUGAAAUGUUCCUGAUGGAAAUUAAACUUUGGACUAUAUGUGUGCUACAUGA